AUGGACCGUUGGUCUCCUCUUCCUCCCGAGCUCUUGACCGCGGUACUCCGCGACUCUCACCCACGGGAUGUAAUUUCUUCGAAACUCGUUUGUCGAUUCUGGUGUCAAGUCAUAAACCAGUCAGCAGAACUACAAUAUGCGAUCGAGCUAUGGCGGGACGGUCGGCUUCGCGGUACGACUGGGAAAGCGACCUCCACAGAAUCUCUGGCCCAACUGCUUGCUCGUCGAAAGGCAUGGCAGAACCUCGACUGGUGCUCUCAAACGAGGGCCCCAAUCCAAUCGCUACACCAUUGCGGCGCGCAUGUGCUUACUCAAGGUCUUCUCGCCGUUCGAGACAUACGAGCGGACAAGCUCUACACGCUUCCACUACCUUCUAGUACGGAUCCGGAUGGCAUUCACUGCCCCAAAGUCGGAGAGACAUUCGUUAUGGGCAUCGCUCCGCAACACUUCUACGACUUCGAGAUUGAUUCAGGGCAAGAUCUCCUCGUCGUACUCUAUGCGGAACCGAACUCACCGAGUCCAUUAACAGGCUGGGGCUUGGAUGCGAGACAGCUAUCGCGGCCUGCCCAGCGCCACCCACAGGCGAUGCACGCCCAAUUGAUAUUCGCACGGGCUGCCGCUUCAGAAAAUAUUUGGGACACACCUGUGGUUGCUCUGCAAAUAGUUGACAACAUCGUUGCUGUCUUCUUCUCCCGUUCUUGCCGUCUCUUCGUCGUCGAUUGGCGCAAAUCUACGGUGGUGCUGUCAAUCGCGUUCCACCAAGAGCCGCUCUUUUGUACCUUGGGCGUGGUUGAAUGCUUUGUUCUAGAUCCGAGCUCUUUCCUCCUCGUCUGUCGCGGCGAACCUUUCUCGAGCAUUUCCAUAGCAGGAAGCAUCCGCCUUUACACAUUCGAACCGACGUAUUCCUUCUCCCCGCUCGGCAUUACCCCGAACGCUACUGCCAUUGCCAUCUUCGCCCUGCCUCUGACCGCGCCACAACUGUGUUGGGGUCCAGUUAAUGUCGCCUCGAGCGCUGGACCUUUUACAACCCACCAUGCCCCGUCCAGGCCUCAUUUCCAGUCGCUUGACCGCCGCAUCAUUACAUUCACGAUCGCCUAUGGCGGCGCGUUCGACACGGAGCCGCACCCAGAGGCGCUGAUUUGCCUGGUUGUCCAUAUACGAAUAUUCUUGCAGAUGCUCCAACAAUACCGGAGGGCACCCGAUAACCACGUCGCGAGCACUAAGCCAUGGGCGGAAUGGGGUCCGAUGCAUACUCGUCUGUUCCCCGGAAUGGAUUUGGAGGGCUUUGUCCCCGGCAGCCGACACGUUUCCGGCGAAAAGAUGGUAAGCACAACUGUUGCCGAUGCCCGCAUCCAAGUUCGAGUUUUCGACUUUGGUCCUUUGGUUGAUGGCCAGACCAAUGAUGAGGCUCAACCUAAUUUCUGUGUCCUGCAUGACACGGCCAGCGAGCUGCAAAUCACGCUGACAGUUGCCGCACCGUCACCCGAGGAGCACAGUUUCGCCGGUGACUGGCCAGCCGCAUCAGACCUUGCCACUGAGAUUGGCUUGUUCAAGGAGCCGGUGUGUUCUGCUCUGCCUUACCGCGAAGUUCGGAGACACGUUCCGCCUCCGGAAGACGACCCCCAGCUGGAGUAUGGGGUUUUCAGCAUGAAUGACGACCACAUCCUUGCAACGGAGGCCGUUCGCGGGGCGCUGAAUGGACUCGAAUUCAAGGAUGAGAUCACGAUUUGGACGAUGUAUUGA